AUGCGCGGCGGCGGUGUUCCCGCCGGGCCGCCGCCUGUGCGCUGCCCUCGGGCUGCCUCCCGCCUCCGGCUGCAGCCCUCGGGCUCACGGGGCACUCGGGGGCUGAUCGCGGAGUAUAGGGAAAUUCUCCUCUUUGGGCUCCUCGCAUCCAAGAUUAAAAAAAGGAACAAUGGUCGUGCCAAAAAGGGCCAUGGCCAUUUGCAGUCUAUUCGCUGUACCAACUGCACCCGAUGCGUGCCCAAGGACGAGGCCAUUAAGAAGUUCGUCAUUCGAAGCAUAGUACAGGUCAGAGCCCUGAGUGACAUUUCUGAAGCCAGUGCCUUCAACGCCUGUGUACUUCCCAAGCUGUAUGUGAAACUACAUUUCUGUGUGAGUUAUGCUGUUCACAGCAAGAUAGUCAGGAAUGGCUCUCCUGAGGCCCGGAAGGACUGAACACCCCCACCCUGAUUUAGACCUGCAGGUGCUGUCCCACGACCUCCACCAAAGCCUAUGUAAGGAGCUAACUGAACAACUAUUCUCUGGAAAAAAAUAAAAUGAAAAUUAUAUUUUUAAAAAUGUAGGAAAAUUCAGGAUUACCACUUUAAAUAAAAACUUAAUAUUAAAAGGUCACCGAUUAAUAGCCCACUGUAGAAAUGGAAUUGUAUCUAAUGCAACUAAAAUCUUUUAAAAAAUCUAUGAGUUUGUAUUAAUUUAGAAAAUAAUUUGUUGUAGAAGGUCCAGUGAAGCAUUUCUUGCUGAAAAAUACCUGAAGCUUUAAAUCAAUUCAUUAGUACAACAACAAAAAACUAACACCCUGCAUUUCCCUUAAGCUCAGUUUUAAAGCAUGUUUAAUUGCAUUCUUGCAUAAAUAGCACACACUAAUUGUAAAAGAAAAAACAGCUAAAAUGAAGAUAUGUAAAAAUCACUACAAACUGGAGAUAACUCUUCUCAGUAUCUAAUUAUACCUCCAAGAUGUAAUUCCAUUUUAGUUUUUUGCUUUAAGAAAACACUUUGGCUACGACUAAAGGACAAAGUUAAGAAAUAUUAGAAAUCUGCACAAUGUCAGCCUGUACAUUUAGUUUAUGAGGUAGACAGCACAGUUUUAAAAAUGUGUAAAAAUCAACUCUGCAGCUUAUAGUACUAUUCAGCAUUUAAAUGACUACUAACAGCAAGAGAUAAUCCUAAAACAUUUUAAUGAAGGGCUGUGAAUGACUGGGACCGUAGUCAAGAUAAAAUUCAGUAUAAUAAAGUAUCAUUCUCAUAACCAAGAAGAAAAACACAUAAUGUCUACUUUGGUUAUCCCAGAAAGAAAAAAAACCAUAUGGUAUACUUUGCAUAUUGCUGACCAGAAAAACAUUCAUUUUUCCCUGGAUGGUUACCAUAGUUACAUGAGCUGUUUAUAACAUCAAGUGGGGGAACUAGGUCACGGUAUUGAAGGAGUUUAAAUUAUGAAAUUAUGUUUCCUAAAAACAAGGGAAAAGGUUUAAAAUUUAAGAGAUUUCUGUGUUCUAAAUUGAAAUUCUUAUCUAAUUUUGCUAGUGAAACUUAAAAAAUUUGUCCAAGAUUAAAUAGUUGAUAUUGUAGAUAUAAAUUGUUCAACCUAUACAACUAACAUAAUAACUAGAUCCAUAACUGUGAUAAAAGAUGCCAGAACAUUCAAUCCUUGUAGAUACUGCUUUAUCUUAGUGAGCUGCCUUACCUUAAAAUGUUUUUACAAGUAAUCAAUAAACCCAACAGUAGCCUAGAAUCUUGCAGUAGCCAACCCAUGUGUCAAUUGAAGCUCUGCCUUCUUACCUUUGAAAGCUUGAGCUUAAAGUUAGGCACAAUGCCUAUCAGAUGCUGCUCUUAAUUUGUUGUAGAGAUUUUCCUAUUUUAUCAAAUGGACAGGGAAUGAUAGGGAGAGAAUGUACUGAAAGCCAUGGUAGCAUAGACAUCACCCCUUCUUUAAAUUAUGGUUUUUUUUAAACUAGUAACCUCACACACACACACAAAGAUUUUAUUUAGGAACCACGUCUGUUGCAUCAGAACCCUCCCAGCACAAUGCUGGAUAAAUAGAGGUUGGAUGAGGGAAAAGAAGAGAAAAAAAUGCAUUUAAAGCUUGCACAAUUUCACAUGGUUAUUUUUCAUCUCAUGAUCACUAUAGACUCAUAGACAUUUUAUAGCUAAAAUUAAUCUUAGAUCAAUGAUUUCCCCAAUGGAAGAGAGAGCAGGCAACAGGUGGCCUCGUUGAGAAGUUGGGUGAGCCACUGCGGCUGAUGGUAGUUAUAACCAUCAUGUCUCUAGGGAUAGAGAAAAGGUUGAAGAUCCCUAUUAAAGAUCACCUGUAGACCAACUUUUUUUUUACAGGGGAUGAUAUGGGGACCCAGAGAAUUUAACUUGCCAAGGGUAACACAGAAAUUCAUAAAAUAAGUGUACAUCUAAAAAUUUAAGAGUAAAACAAAUAUUAAUCAUAUCUUCUAGCUGAUAAUCAUUAGAAAGGAAACAAGUACCUUUAAAAAUAAGUUCAGAUAUGAUAAAAUUACUUUUUUGGAGAAGUCUUAUAGCAAAUUUAACAAAAUUACUUCUAAAGGAAUAUUAGGAUAUCUGGAACAAUUAUUUUCAAAAUACACAAAAUUAAAAGGACUAGAAAUCAUGUAUUCUUUGGACUGUUAUUUAUUUUGAACAGCAAAUGUCUUAUCAGUCAGCUGUAGCUGAAGUGAGAAUGGUCUUUUAAAAAUAAAUUAAUGCUACUUGCCAGGAGUUUUUGCUAAAUCUUUUUUCCUUUUUAAAUAAUUCUAAUUGAUUAUUUAAUAAUGCCUAUUGGAGCUAUUGUUAAAGUAAUCGCUCUUGGCAUGGUUACUUUAUUCUAGCAUUUUGGUGAAUAUUGAUUUAUCUUCUGAGGGUAACACAUUUUUUUUAAUUGCUCAUUUAAUUUAUUUCCAUAAAUGGAGGCUCUCUGACUUUUUUAUGUGUGAAAACAAGUAAAUCUCACUUUAUGCAAUAUACAUUUUUCUGGAAAAUUGUGUUUAAACCUUAUUUUGCUAUAAUAAGUAAUUUUAAAUGUGCUGGUUCUAUAAAAUAAGAGACCCAAGUUUUGAAAUAAAAAAUACUUAUUUAAUACAAAUAAGUUAUCUGAUUUUCUUUUAUUUUCAAGACUUCCCUCAAUUGUUUUGU